AUGGCUCGUGCUACUCGCCUACUUGGCCUCUUCAUACUGACCCAGUUCUACUCUCUAGCUGCGUCCACUUCCCACACCCAUGGUCAUGGUAACACUACAACUUCUUUCUGUCAUCCCAACCAGGCUACAGCACUUCUUGAACUAAGGUCCUUCAUCUUUGACUACUCCACCACCACACUGCAGUCAUGGCAAGUUGGUUCCGACUGCUGCCUCUGGGAGGGCGUCGAAUGUGAUGAUGGCAUGUCUGGCGGUGGCGGCAAUGUCACUGUUCUCGAUCUCAGUGGUCGUGGCCUCUACAGCUAUGGCUGUCAUGCCGCGCUCUUCAACCUCACCUCCUUGCACUACCUCGACCUCAGCAUGAAUGAUUUUGGCAGAUCUCGCAUUCCAGCAGUUGGUUUUGAGAGGCCAUCCAAGCUUGCACACCUCAACCUUUCUCUUUCAAGCUUCUAUGGUCAGAUACCGAUCACCAUCAGCAUGCUCACGAGCCUCAUAACCUUGGAUCUUUCUUCACCGCAUACUCUUGAUGCUUCCUAUAAAACCGUGAGUUCCUUCGCUGCUUCCUUGGGCAGCUAUAAUGAUCUGCUUCUACAAGAGCCCAGCUUUGAGAUCUUAGUGGCCAACCUAACCAAUCUGAGGGAACUCCACCUUGAUGGAGUGGACAUAUCUAAUAGUGGACAAGAGUGGUGCAGUGAUCUUGGCAAAGUCGUCCCCCAUCUUCAGGUUCUUAGCAUGGCAGGUUGUGGACUCCAAGGUCCAAUCCACUCCUCCCUGUCAGGCCUCAGAUCCCUUACCGUGAUCAACCUGGGUCUUAAUUUUGAAAUUUCUGGUGCAGUUCCUGAAUUCUUCGAGGGCUUUCUCAAUUUAAGUGUUCUUUAACUCAGCUAUAACAAUUUCAGUGGUAGCUUUCCUCAGAAAAUCUUUCAACUCAAGAAGAUAAGAGUCCUUGAUGUGUCACACAACGAACAACUCUCAGGGUAUUUACCAGAAUUUCCAAUUGGGGCUUCUUUGGAGACUUUGAGCCUGCAGUUCACUAAUUUCUCUGAUGUUAGGCUGAGCUGUUUUAGCAAUCUCCUUUCUCUGAGGGAGCUAGGUUUUUCUGGAAGGUCAAUUUGUAUGGAGCCAACUAAUUUAUUGCUCAACAAGCUCAACUCCUUGCGAAAUUUGCAUCUCUCUUUUGCUCAAUUUUCGGGAGAUUUAGGACCAUUUUUCUCUUGGAUUAGUAGCCUUAAGAACUUGUCAAGCUUGCAACUCUCUGAUUGCUAUUCCUCCAAGAUGAUGCCCCCCGUGAUUGGCAACCUCACCAACUUAACAAGUUUGGAGAUUAUUGAAUGUGGCUUCCUCGGACAAAUACCAGCAUCAAUUGGCAACCUCAAUAAGUUGACUUCCUUGAGAAUCUCUCAUAGUGCCUUCUCUGGGUCAAUACCAUCUUCAAUUGGCAAUCUCAAGAAACUAAGAAUUUUGCAUAUAUCUUAUAAUGGUUUAUCAGGUUCAAUAACAACAGAUAUUGGACAUCUCAGCAAAUUGACGAUACUAGUGUUAAGGGGAUGCGGAUUUUCUGGAAGAAUACCAAGUACAAUCGUCAACUUGACUCAACUUAUUUAUGUGGAUCUUUCGCAAAAUGACCUCAGAGGAGAGAUUCCAACAUCUCUAUUCACUUCACCAACAAUGUUACAGUUGGAUCUUUCAUCAAACCAAUUUUCUGAACCAAUACAAGAGUUCUAUACACUAGAUUCACAGUUGAAAAAUGUUUAUUUGGGUGAAAACCAAAUCAGGGGACAGAUUCCUGAAUCACUGUUUCAACUCACAAGUUUGGUGGACCUCGAUCUUAGCAUGAAUAACUUAACAGGUUUUGUACACUUGAGUUCACUUUGGAAGUUACGAAAACUUGAUAUAUUGGAUCUCUCAAACAAUAGUUUGUCUGUUUUGGAUGGAGAAGGCAAUAUAUCGACAGUGCCCAUACUACCUAAACUCUCAAUGUUAAGACUAGUGUCUUGCAACAUGACAACAAUUCCUAAUUUCUUGAUGCAAGUUAAUCAUAUCCUAAUGUUGGACCUCUCGAGCAAUAAAAUACAUGGUAGUAUGCCCCAAUGGAUAUGGGAGACGUGGGAUGAUAUUACACGAUUAAAUCUUUCAAACAACAUAUUCACAGAUAUGCAACUCACUUCAUAUUUGCUCCCAUGCAGUCAUUUGGAAUCUCUUGAUCUUAGUUCCAAUAAACUUCAAGGCCAGAUCCCAAUGCCAAACAUGUCUGCAACAGUUAACACUCACACUUCAUUAUUGGAUUAUUCAAACAAUAGAUUCACUUCUCUUAUGUCAAACUUCACUGCUUAUCUUCGACAAACUGCUUAUCUCAAGUUGUCAAGAAAUAAGAUAAGUGGGCAUAUACCGCAUUCAAUUUGUGACGCAAGCAACCUAGAAGUCCUUGACCUGUCAUAUAACAAUUUCAGUGGGUUAAUACCGUCCUGCCUGAUAGAAGGUAGCAGCUUGGCCAUACUAAAUUUGAGAGAAAAUUACUUCGGAGGAACUUUGCCUUAUAAUGUAAGUGAGCAUUGUAAUCUCCAGACAAUAGAUUUACAUGGCAAUAAUAUUCAAGGGCGGCUGCCUAGGUCUCUUUCCAACUGCCCCGACUUGGAGGUUCUUGACAUUGGAAACAACCAUAUGCUUGAUACUUUCCCAUCUUGGCUGGGUAGGCUUUCUGAUCUCCGUGUCCUCGUUUUGAGAUCCAACCAGUUCUAUGGCUCACUUUCUUAUCCUCCCAGAGAAUUUUUGAAAUACUUCUCACAGUUACAAAUCAUUGAUAUAGCCUCAAACAACUUCUCUGGAAAUUUGGAUCCACGAUGGUUUGAGAAGUUUACAGUUAUGAUGACGAAGUUCAAUGAAACAGGAAAUAGUUUAGGUCCGCAGACUUCGUACAGAGGUGUAUACUACCAUGAUACUGUCGCAAUCACAUAUAAAGGGCAAUACGUGACAUUUGAAAAAGUCUUGACUACCUUAACGGCCAUCGACUUCUCAAAUAAUGCAUUGGAUGGUGACAUUCCUAAAUCAACUGGAAGUCUGGUUUCACUGCAUAUAUUGAACAUGUCACACAAUGCAUUUACGGGGAGGAUUCCACCACAAAUUGGUGAGAUGUGUCAGUUGGAAUCACUAGACCUGUCAUGGAACAAGCUUUCUGGGGAGAUUCCACAAGAGCUAGCAAAUUUAACAUUUCUUGGAACUCUGAACUUGUGUGAAAACAAGCUAGAUGGAAGGAUACCACAGUUACGCCAGUUUGCAACAUUUGAGAACACUUCAUAUGAAGGGAAUACAGGGCUCUGUGGACCACCUAUGACCAAACCAUGUGGAGAUUUAAGUAGAUCAAAUGAGGAGCAAGUGAACACAUCCGGAGAUCAUGUUGAUAUCAUUUUUUUUCUCUUUGUUGGGGUGGGCUUUGGCGUUGGAUUCACAGCAGGUAUUCUGAUGAAAUGGGGGAAAAUCGGCAAAUGGUUACGGAUUGCGUGAACUGGUCUGAAGAUAGAAGACUCUUGUUGUAGUUAUUGCAAUUACUGGAGGG